AUGGUAAAAACAAGUAACUAUACUCCUGAUCAUGCUGUUGUUUGUCAAGAAACCAUAAAUGAGUGGAAUAACAUUAAGAAAAAGAGCAUUGAUGAUAUUGAUAAACUUUUCAAGAAGUUCAAUUUGGAUUUCUUAAGUAUACGAAUAUAUGCUUUGAGUCAAUCAAAGUAUAAUCCAGUUGAAAGAAACAUAGUAACAUUGUCUGGUAAGCUUGUUGGAAUCACUUUGCCAAUUGACCAUUUUGAUACGUAUUUGAAUAUACAAGGAAAAGUUAUUGAUCCAGAAUUGGUCGCUUAA